AUGCUUGGCCGGCUUUCAGAGCAACCGCAUCUCAAGGCCAGCUUAACCUCUGGACGGGUCAAUCAUCCACAAUGGUGUGUGGAUAGCUCGGCUGGAAAUGUGCAAAUUGAAGAGUUGGGUGGACAGCUCAGCCGAGGGCCUGCCCCGGGGUGUGGUGUUGAAAUGGGCAAGCUUUGGGGGAAUGACGUCACGGAUUGGAUCACUGGUGGUGCACCGACUGCCCGGUGA